AGGGGUUCCUCUUUCCCGAAAACUCUGCAACUUUUCGAGCUCCAGUGGGAACAAGAACCAGAAAUGACAAAGCAUUUUACCAACGAAUACGAUUAAACAAACAAGCAAGUAGACGGCUGCCCAGGAUAACAUGUGAAAGAAUCAGAUGUAGAGGAAAGGCAAGAUUUUCGAAUAUCGGAGAAGUUGGACUUCAAAGAGUGGUCGAGUCUGCGUGUUCAUGAAAAAGAGAUUUCUUAAAUAAUUGAUGAGGAAGAUGAUGGAAUUUAUUUCCAGAACAAAAAAGUGAGGGAAAAAGAGGUAGGAAGCGUAGAGUCUGAGUCAAACGUACCGAAAACGCUCGACCCUUUGUUGCCUUCUUCCUGUCGUCGGCAUCUCAAUUUAAAUCUCCCAACUCUCACCUCCCCUUCUGUACACGCCCGCUCUUUCUGUCUCUCUCUCUGCGCCCAGUAGACUCUGGUGUGAAGGGGGGGAGUGGUUACCCGCUCUUGUGGGGAGGAGGAGAGAAUGGCGGUGAGCCCGAGGCGAGGGAGGGUGGAGCUUCCGUUGGGGAAGAAGAAGAACAGAGAGGCGAGCCCAGAGAGGACGAUGGUGUGGGUGGAGCCGAGGGCGAAGCAGGAGAAGAAGGUGCCGGUUGUCUAUUACCUUUGUAGGAACGGCCAGCUUGAGCAGCCGCACUUCAUGGGUCCCCUUUCCUCCUCCGACGGCCUCUACCUCAGAGAUGUGACGAACCGUCUCAAUUUGCUCAGGGGGAAAGGAAUUGCUUCCAUGUACUCAUGGUCUUCCAAGCGGUGCUACAAGAAUGGGUUCGUCUGGCAUGACCUCUCCGAGAACGACUUCAUCUACCCCAUCCACGGCCACGAAUACGUCCUCAAGGGAUCGGAGAUCGUCAUCCCUCUUCCUACGGCGAAGGUCUCCUCUGUUUCUAACUCGUUCAUGGAGUCGAAGCAACUGCACGAGCUCUCCCUGGAAGCGUCCUGUUCCAGCAGCACGGGUCGGUCCGGCGACUCCGGGCCCGCGACCAGCCGGAAAAUCCCGGACGCGACGGAGUACAAGGUCUACAAGGCGGAGUGCCCGACCGAGUUCUACGCAAAGGCCACGGACGCCUCGACGCAGACGGAGGACCGGAGGAGACAAUUCCGAAAGGAGGCUGCCCUCGCCGUCUCCGUCGCCGAGCCGGCGCCGACGGAGCUGAACGCCGAGGAGGUGUCGCCUCCUGCGUCCACUUCAAGCGCUUCGUCGGGGACGGACGGCAAGGAUCAGCCGGAGCCGGAGUCACUCGAGACGCUGAUGAAGGCGGACGGCCGGCUUCGAUGCCUCCGAAUCGUUGAGGAGGAGGAGGAGGCGCCAGAGCUCUCCGUCCGGGCGGUGAACCACGCGAGAGUGAGGGCGUCCACCGUGCUGAUGCAGCUCAUCUCCUGCGGGUCCAUGCCGGCGGACCGGCCGAAGCUGCCGCAUGGCGGGUACCAGGGCCACCGGAAGGCAAGGUCCGCGGAGGCGGAGUGCGUGAAUCCGACGAGGAUGCAGCUGGAGGAGAGGGAGUACUUCAGCGGUAGCCUGAUCGAAACGCAGAGGAAAGAGCAGAGGGCCCUGGAAGGGGCCCCUCGUCUCAAGAGAUCCUCUUCCUAUAACGCCGAUAGGUGA